GGUAGCGGAUCAUUGGGGCUCCGAGUCUGCCGCUUGUUGAGAACUGGAAGGGGGGCGCUUGGCGCCAUGUGGCACCCAUUGAAGUUACCAACCUACGGUAACCGCAUUGGCAACCUCCAUCUCCGCGACUCGAGCGAAGAAAUUGCUGUUCGUCGCCUUUCAACCUCCCGUUGCUCGAUUCUUGAAACCGUUGGCAAACUCGGCCCGGCUUAGAGAAGCCCAUUUCCAACCAAUUCCAAAUUAAAUUUCGGCAUUUUCCACCUCCAAUCGCGACCCCUCGUCUAAGGUUCGCGAUUCAUUCAACGCGACUCGUCGCCGCUUGCAUAGGUUCCGACAAUCGUGACCAUCUCGAACAAAUUUGAGUUCCCAACGCGAACUCGACAACUCGUGACCAUGUCUUUCUCCGGCGCUUCGGCGCCGCAAACGAACGGCGCACCGCCCUCCUCGGCCGGAUCGACCUCCCAAGCAGCCAGUACCCAGCAGUAUCAACAACCACCAUCAACACAACAAUCGCAACAACCGACAGGGACAAAUACCGCUUCUGCCUCCAGCAGCCAACAGCAGCAACAACAAUCACAACAGACACAACAGCAGCAGUCGCAACCACCACCACCACCACCGCAGCAACAACAACAACAGCAACAACCAGAACAACAACAACAACAACAGCAACAGCAGCAGCAGCAGUCGCAAUCGGCGCACUCUCGCUUCCAGUCCCUCACGCAGCCCUCCAGCGGCAACCCCUCGGCGACGGCCCCGCGCCCGCGCGACGCGCGCACCAUCGAGCUGCUGCUGACGGCGCAGGGGGUGACGUCGUUCGAGCAGCGGGUGCCGCUGCUGCUGCUGGACUUUGCGUACCGGCACACGUCGGCGGUGCUGUCGGACGCGCUGCACCUGUCGGCGGAUCCGUACACGAGCCACGCGGGGGCGCGGCCGUCGGCGGCGUCGGGCGCGGCGCCCGUCAACGUGGGCGAGGCGACGGUCAGCACCAACGCGGUGCAGCUGGCCAUCGCCAGCCGCCUCGGCUUCCAGUUCCACGGCGGCAGCGGCGUCGGCGGCGGCGGCGGCGGCGGCGGCGCCAGCAAGGAGUGGAUGAUGGAGCUCGCCCGCGAGCGCAACAAGAUCGCCCUGCCGCGCGUCAUGCCCAGCGAGUGGGGGGUCCGCCUGCCCGGCGAGCGCUUCGUCCUCAGCGGCGUCUCGUGGGGGCUCCGGGACGUCUGGGCCGCUCAGGAAGGCUUGGAGGAGAGCAGCAGCAGCAGCAGUAGCAGCGACGACGAGGACGCCGAGAUGGCCGACGGACCCAACGGCAGUGGCGGCGGCGGCGGGGCGGACGCCAUGGAUGUCGAGGCCGAGGAUGUCGGCGGCGACGGCGUCGAGGGUGGGACAAUUGGUGAUGUAUUUGGCGACGACGGCCUCGAGGACGAGGAGAUGGCUGAGGCCUGAAUUUUUUUUUUUCUUUUCUUUUUCUCUUUCCUCGCCUCGGCAGCAGAAUCAAACCAACCGCACUCUAUCUACUACAACAUUUAUUUAGCACGGCGAAAAUCGGGAGGACGCGGGGUGUUGAUAUUUUCUCAUCAAGUCGGUGGCCAAUCACAGAGGUGUUGUGUGCUGUUGUAAGGAGGCAGAAUGGCAGGUUCCGGCGUUGGAAAAGGGCCCGUGUUGCACGGCUUUCGAGUAUCUCGGGGGCAGGUCCUAAUCCUUCGUAUCCGAGCUGCCUGGGCUAUGAUCGGUCACCUUGAGCUAGAGUCGUAGAUGUUUUAGCCCCCCCCCCCCCCUC